AUGUGUGUCGCCGAGAAUCAGAUCCGCACGGCCAAGGCCUUGUUUGAGGGCUACAACGAGUACACAGCCGAUGCCGUGCUCCGCGUCCGCGCCAACGAGUGCAUCCACAUCAUCCUCCCGACCUCCCUCAACCGCCCUUCCAAGAAUAACGAGGAAUACCGGGAGUUUUUUGGUCCGCUGCAGAAGAUAAUGCAUCGUUUUGAGACCACCAUCCAUAAGAUUGUGAACGAUCCCGAGCACCACAUGGCGGCCGUGCAUGCCUCUGGAGUGGGUGACUCGCCUGUUGCACCAUACAAGAACGAGUACGCUUUCUUCUUGACGUUUAACGAGACGGGGGACAAGAUCACGCGCAUUGAAGAAUUUGUCGAUGCGCAAUUCAGCCAGAGCUUCUUGGCCAAGGUUCGGCAGUACCAGCAGAAACAGCAGUAA